ACACGAGAAAAGCUUAUGCGGUGGGGUCCGGACAACGGGAGGAACAAGAAGGAGGGGAUCAUAGAACUGUACGAACGACAGACUGCAAUCCGUAGUGUUCACGCGAGUGCAGUUCCGAGGAGAGGUUCUCGCAUUGGCGGAGAUCAUCGAGAUUCGCAUCUGCGACUUAUUUGUACCGCUGCCUUGCGUUUCUCUCUGGAUCCGUCUCCUUCCGUCAAAGAAGUCGACGUUAUCCUUCACGACACACCCUUCGAAGAUCGACUGUACAAAGAAGAAAAAGCGAAAGGUCGUCGAGACAUGGCGGAAAUGAGAGCAUUCACGCGGAGCGAGAUCAAAAAAAGCGAUGAUAAGGACAAAGUCCUUUUCAUCUUGCACGACAAAGUAUACAACGUCCGCAGCUUUCUCAAUGAGCAUCCGGGUGGAGAGGAGAUCCUGUUGGAACACAAAGGCAUGGACGCUUCCGAAGACUUCGACGACGUCGGGCAUUCGAAAGACGCGAUGGAACUGAUGAAGACGUACCAGGUCGGCGUGAUCUCUGAUUCGGAAAGGAUGAACAAACUGCCGAAAAAAGGUUGGGUAUCGAAAUACUCGAAGGAAUCGGAAAAGAACGUUCAAGGAUCCAGCCUGCCUUUUUAUCUAUUCAUGGGUGGAAUCGCGCUCGUAGCGGUCCUCUUUUUUUACGUGUAUUAAUCGAUCCGCUAGAAUUAAUCCGGGAAAAUGCUGUGAAAGUGAGUGUGACGUGUGAUAGAGAAAGGUAGAUAUAGAACGAAAAAAUAUUCUUGUAUGUCUCUAAUGCCUCUGUGGUCUCCAGAAGCGUAUUUUAUAAUUAACUUCUUCGAGAGAAGUUUUAUUUUAUAUAGACAUCGAAUCGUCGUUAUAUAUGAGCAGUUAAUGUUCGGUCAACGUUAUAUUGUCAAUGUAAAAAGUUGUUAAUUCUAUCGGAAUGCGUGUGUUAAUUCUAUUGGAAUGAUUUUUAUAUACAGAAUAUAUAAAAUUAAGAUUAAUCACUAAGCUUAUAUUUAGAAACGUCAAUUUUAAAGCGAUUUUUUAAUGAAAAUUAGAGCAUGUUUCCACGGAUUAACUUUAAUCGUUAAAGCAAGCGAUUUUAUAUGAGUCACAAAACGAGUUUUAACCGGUGUUUAUCUAUGAUGUUAUUCUGCCUGUGUAUGCAAGUUGCAAAUUGCUUUAAUUCAAAGCAGCUUUUGCGUACGCGAACAACCUGACAAAUUAAUUUGGUUUUAAUUAAAACCAUUGGUAAUAUGUCAUCGAUGUGUUAAAA